AUGCAUUAUUGCGGACACCCCGCCACGCUCUGUGCCGAGCUCGCUCGCUCUCUCUCAACACAUAAAUCGCCUCCCCUUCCGAAGCUCUCACAAUCGCCGCACUUCUUCUCGUUCCCCGUCACCACCUUGCCUCUCGUGCAUCUCGCAUCAUCUCGUUCCUCCCGCCGCCCCUCUUCCUUUGAGUUUCAUCAGGAGUGUGGUGAGCGAUGGAGGGUGGAUGGUGUCAGAGGGGAGGUGGGCGUGAGAGCAGUGCAGGGGUGCAGGGACGCGUGUGCCACGGUGGACUGCGGGUUAGACGCGCACUGCUCUGCGGCCGAUGAUGGCUCCACCGAGUGCCUGUGCGGCGUCAUUGGCUAUGCCUUCAACGAGGCGACCAAGACAUGCAUUGACCCGUGCCCAUCAGUGCAGUGUCCGGAGAAGGCGGAGUGCGUAGCAAGAGGGGGAAAGGGGGAGUGCGAGUGCGAGCUGGGGUACAUCAUGCAGAACGGCGCCUGCACUGACGGCUUGCUGCAGACGAGGGUGGAGGUGGAGGGCCUCAACUAUCUCUCGCUGCUCACCUUUGAGAGCCCCGUGCCCAUGGCGCAAGCCACUGGCGCCACCGCCUGCACCAACGUCAGCGACCUGGGCGGCAGCAACACCAGGAUCACCGUGGAGUGGACGUCGAUUGGAGUGGACACGGUUGGCAACGGCAUGUGCAAGAGCGUCUCGUUUCACGCUGACCCGGUCUGUGCCGACAAGCCCGGUUUGACCAUCGCUCGCCCGGGUUUGACCAAGGUCGGCGGUUUCUUCCCCGUCACAACAAGGUGA